AAUAGAAAAUAGGUUAUAGCAAUGAUAUUCAACUGCCGGACCGUAAAGAAAUAAGUUUUUUUCUCUGAACAAAUUUGAUAUGGUUGGUGACCACUUGAAUUGAUAAUCAUGGCUAUUCGAAUAAAUCUCCAAUUCGCUAAUAGUCAAAUAUUUAGGGUGUUUGUGUGUGUAUGCGUGGGUGUAUUUCUGUUUAUUAAAACUUUAAGAUAUUCAUCAUCAUCAUGAAAUCGAAAGUGGGAAGAAAUCGGGCGCCAACGCCGUUAAAAAUUGAUACACACAUACAUUUGAUAAUGGUAACGCCGAUUAAUUUGCAAUAUAACACAUAUACAUCUGCAUCUAUUUACCAAUGUUGAUUGAAACAAAAAUUUGGCUUCGACUGUUGCAUAAUAAGUGUUCGUGUGUGUAUUGCUCUUUUUUUUGAAUAAUAAUUAUAUGUAAAUGAUGAUAAUAUCAGCCAUAGGUAAUGAUCAAACAAAAGUAAAUAACAUCAUACAAAGAGAGAAGAAUACUAAUCUUCAGGCUUUUUGGGGUUUUUUCACCUUCCACACACACACACACACACACACAAACAUAUUCAGGAAAACCACCACUUUUUUGUGUGUUUUGUUUUUAUUUAUUACAUGUACGUUAUGCAUUAAUCGUCAUAGUGACGACGGUGGGUUGCUUAACAAUUUCAUGAAAGGAAAUGUAUUCUGUUUGGACAAGAAAAAAAGGUGGUUAAUGUUCUGUUUCAGACUGAUAUUGUUUGGUUUAUUUUACCAUAAUAGUUUAUUAGCUUGUAAAUUAUGGUAAGAACUGCCGUCAUUGGUGCAGGUACUUUAGGUAUCAAAGUGGCGGGUUAUCUGGCAUAUCGUGGUCAUGAAGUUCGUAUCUAUGAUAGCAAUACAGCAGCAUUGAAUAAUGUUAAUCAACGGAUCAGUGAAGAUGCACGUAUCUGUAAAGAGGAUGGUAUUAUGACCAAUUGUAAAUUCUUGGGCGAUACAUAUUGUUUUAGCAAAUUGGAAGAUGCAGUUCGUGGUGCGUUAUUCAUAUUUGAAUGUAUACCAGAUGAUUUGACCAUGAAACAAGAAACAUUCAAAUUAAUAAUGCAAUAUUGUAGUGAAAAGGCUAUCAUUGCGACAAGUACAAUGCGUUUAUUGGUGGAUAAAGUGUUUGAAAAUUGUGAUUGUAAAGAUCGCUGUUUGGGUGUCCGUUUUUUAUAUCCUGUUUACUAUGUGCCCGAAGUGGAAAUCAUGCCCAUUAGGUCAUGUACUUCUGUUGAAACAUUGGAUCGAGUGAGACAAUUUCUAGAAAAGAUGGGGCAGAUUGCAUUCUUUCGUUCCGGUAAUGAACCAAUAGUUUUGAAUGAACAACAACGAAAUUCACGCCGUGAAGCCUGUAUCAAACAAUUGACAGAAGGUAAAAGCAUAAAUAAUCGCUUCUCACAAAAUAUUCCGAAUCUGGGCAGAAUUCAAUUUCAACAACAAAACAAUCAAUCAGGCGUCAAUAUUUCUGGUGUUGAUGGUGAUAGUUUGGCAAUGGAUUCCAACGACUCAAAUUGUGAUAAACAGUCAUUAAUUAUACGCAAUAAUGAAUGCGUCAUCUGUAUGGAUAAUCAACGAGAUUGCGUUCUACAUCCAUGCCAUCAUCUUUGUGUUUGCAUCAAAUGUGGCCGUUUAUUACUCAAACGAAGCGAUAGCUGCCCAAUCUGUCGACGUCCAAUCAAUAAUGCAUUUCGCAUUUAUCGAUCAUAAUCAAAAGUUUCAUGGUUUUUUAUUUCAAUUAUUUAUUAACAAUAAAAAAUUACAAUUGUUAUU